AUGACGCAAGGGCCAGAAGGUGUUGGUAUCGAGGAGUUGAUCGAGGAGACAGGCGGCUGUGGGCGAUACCAGGUGCUCCUUAGUGCCAUUAUCCACAGCUGCAAGUGUAUCGUCUGCUUCUCAAUGCUGUUCAUGGUGUACGGCGCGGCGGCCCCGGACUGGUGGUGCUCUGAGGGAAUAGAGCUCGAAAACAUCACGAGUGGAGCGGCGUUUUCCCUGGUUUGCGACCGCGAGUGGAUCUCCUCAACUAUAACCUCAAUCCAGAUGGCCGGCAUCUUCGUGGGAAACAUCGCAUGUGGCCAGGUCGCCGACCUUAUUGGGCGAAGGAAGCCUUUCUUUGCCUCCAUACUGGCGCUUGUCCUCCUCAACAUUGGCACCGCGUUUUCUGUUUCCUGGGUAAUGUUCGCCGUCUCCCGAUUUCUAAUCGGGGUUUCCGUGGGAUUCGAACUCACUGUUCAGUACAGCCUAGCCGCAGAAUUUACACAGGCUCGUUGGAGGACGUGGGUUGUGGCUAUCCCUUCUUGGGCCAUAGAAACUUCGCUGUUUGCCCUCGUCUGCUGGACCCUGAACGACUGGUUGUGGAUCCACAUUGCCACCGCCGCCACUGGAAUCCCUCUUCUGUUCACAUACUGGUUUGUUCCUGAGAGCUUCCGUUGGUAUAUCGGUCAUGACAGAAUCGAGGAUGCCAAAAAAGUAGUACAAAAAAUGGCGCAAUUUAACAGGAAGCCUGUCCCCAAGAGCUUGGACUAUAUAGGGAAAGGAAACGCAGAAGGCGGGGACCAGAAAUAUUUCUUUAGCGACUUGUUUAAAGAAAAAAAACUGCGACUGUAUACGUGCCUAUUUAUGAUAGUUUGGAUGACCUUGGGGAUUACUUCUUACGGGAUCCAGUUUGGUGUACCUAGGCUGUCCGGAAAUCUGUUCAUGAACAUGUUUAUUUUAGGCCUCGCUUCAAGCCCAAUACAAUUUAUCAGCAUCUGGCUUCAGAACAGACUGGGCCGAAAGAAAACUGCCUGGCUGUUUUAUGGUCUGGGUGCAGCGGCGGCGUUCGCAGUGGCUGUAACAGCAAGACUCCCAGAUAGCCAGGGUCAAGACUUGGCCACAAACUGUUUCGCAAUUACGGCAUUGACUUUGGUGAAUGCCGCCUGGUCGCCAAUCCAGACUCUCACAAUAGAAACCUACCCUACCGUGAUCAGAAAUUUGGGUUACGGAACCCAGAACACGAUGACCAGGAUCGGAGCGAUAAUAGGACCACAACUUGUCUUCCUGGAGACAAUGUUUGAGGUAAGCCUGUAUUGGAUCUCAGUCACGGCGCUUGUGGUCGCUAUGGCGCUGCUGGUGCCCAUACCAGAAACUGGAAGUACAGACCUCGUUGACAAAAUCGUUUUGCCAAUGACGCCGCCUUUGGUAGAAGAUGAUGAUAGCGAAGAAAAGCAGGAGACCACGAGUCUUGCUGAACGUAACGAUGCCGACGUAUGGGAUGCGCUUUACGACAAGUCAGUAUCAACUGCACACGACGUCGAUGUAGAGCCGUCGGUCCCACGGCGAUUUGGACGUCAAGUUCACAGACCGCACGCCCCAGCAGAGACCCCUUCCCAGAACUGUAAGACAAACAUGUACCUGCCGUUCGUAGACCAUUUGCUUGUUGAUCUAGACGUACGGCUGUUGAAAGGCAAUUGA